GCAAAAGGUCAUAGGCUAUUGAUCGCAGCGACGCGUUCCCAAAGCGCGUAAUCGGAUCAAAAAUUGCAAACAACGUUCAUGCCAACAUGACAGUCAACACAGUACUUUUGUGCGCGUGUAGACCUCUGACGCCAACUUCAUCACGCACUGAGCUACACGCGCUCCCGGAGAGGUUGAGAGCCCACCACGAUACAGGAGAGGAAAAGCAUCAUGUUGAGAGAAGAAACUCACAAGGCAGCUGCUGAAGAGAUGAAUGGUCUAUUAUGAAUUGUAGACAAUGUGGUGGCGCCUCACGCGCAUUUGUUCCUAUAAUAUUCCUGUAAAACAAUGGCUUGCCGCGGCGGGUGUUGCUGCAACAGCAUCGGUCCCCUGAAUGAAGAUAAUGCCAGAUUUCUCAUUUUGGCUUUGCUCAUCAUCAUCUACUUGUUAUGUGGAGCGGCGGUGUUUUCAGCUCUGGAGCAUCCGAAGGAGACGGUCGCCAAAGAGAGAUGGGCUCAGAGGAUCGAGCAGUUCACUCAGAAGUACAACCUGAGUCAAGACGACCUGAAGAACUUCCUGAGGAACUAUGAGGAGGCAAAUGUGGCCGGUAUUCAUGUAGACUCGACCAGACCUCGAUGGGAUUUUACCGGGGCUUUUUAUUUUGUCGGAACUGUUGUGUCAACCAUAGGUUUUGGGAUGACAACACCUGUAACUAUUGCAGGGAAGAUAUUCCUGAUCUUUUAUGGCCUCAUUGGUUGCGCUGCCACCAUUUUAUUUUUUAACCUCUUCUUGGAACGUGUCAUCACCGUGAUUGCAUUCGUCUUGAAGUUCUGCCACGAGCACAGAGAACAGCGCAAAGCCGGACCACCUCAAAAUUUCCGGCGUCCCUCCAUCAGCAGCAGAGAAAGGCGUACAGACAGCUUGGCUGGCUGGAAGCCUUCGGUGUACUGCGUGAUGCUCAUCUUAGGAGUGGCUGCCAUCUUGGUUUCUUGCUGUGCAUCUGCAAUGUACUCCUCAGCUGAGGGCUGGGGGUACCUGGAUUCCCUCUAUUUCUGUUUCGUGGCCUUCAGCACCAUUGGCUUUGGGGACAUGGUGAGCAAUCAGCGUGAGACGUACAAAGCUCAAGCAGCUUACAGGGUUGGAAACUUCCUGUUCAUCCUGACAGGGGUUUGUUGCAUCUACUCGCUGUUUAAUGUCAUUUCCAUUGUUAUCAAGCAAGUUCUCAACUGGCUGCUGCAAAAGCUGGAGACUCCUUGCCAUUGCCCAGGUGGAGGGAACCGCCAUCCGCGGAGAAAUGCUGUCGUGCCUGGGCACAUGAGAACUCGCCGUGACCACUCCAUUGAGACAGAUGUAGUCAAUGAUAGUGAGAUCGAUGGCCGCCGAAUGUCUGGAGAGAUGAUCUCCAUGAAGGACUUUCUAGCUGCAAAUAAAGUUAACCUGGCCAUCAUGCAGAAGCAGCUGUCAGAGAUGGCCAACGGGCAUCCACGACAGUUGGGGUCCAGCUCACGAAAUGAGUUCUCAGGAGGAGUUGGUGCGUUGGGAAUAAUGAAUAACCGAUUGGCAGAAACAAGUGUAGACAGAUAAGUCUACCAUUUAGUUACAAUAAAAGCGCACUUUGUUAUGACUUAUAAACAUUAACCUCCAGCAUUGUGAAAAUAUGCUAUUCAUCAUCAGCUUCCUGUAGGGUUACCAACAUAAAGUGGGUCAAGUGAUUUCAACAUGUCCGUCACCAUGAUGUGGCGCUUUCCUUGUAAAAUAUAACAACUUUUAUUAGACUACUGAUAUGACUGUAUUCUUCAUGUUCAUUUCAAACACAUGAUUAUUCUCUUUAUAAUAAUGAAACAAUUACUGAGUGCACCUUAAAGCUGAAUUCAACAAUAACUAUAGGACCUCCACAGCAAAGACUAAGAAAAAGUAUGUGAACAUUUUGGAAUUUCAUGGUUUUCUGAAUAAAUUUGUCAUAAAAUGUGAUCUGAUCUUCAUCAUACAAGUCAAAUUUUGAUCUUUUAUGACAUUAUUGAACACACUCAUUCAACAUUCAAAAUGGCAGUAUAAGUGAACCCUUAGAAUAAAUAACUGGUUGACACCCCCCAACGGCAGCAGACCAAACACUUC